ACGUCAUCACGUUGAGUUCGACGCACAGCAGGCUAUGGCGCUUCCUGACUGGAUAGUGACAUCGUUGGUCGCUGCAUCCUCCUUCUGUUUCUUGUGCUUCUUUUUUCGGUACCGACGAACCACGUUGGAGUUUUGCAGGAAGCUGCUGAACAGGAUCAUGGCUCGAACAGAGAAGCCGCUGUUCCGAAUCGCGUAUACACUCUACACAAGGACCAGACUGGGUUAUAUAUACUACAAGWGGCAAAUGAGGAAAGCCAGGGAGAAUUAUCCUGCUGGGCAUUCCACUACUCAUCCUAYGGAGCUGAACGGUGUAAAAAUAAUUCCCAUCUCGGUUCUGUCUGACAACUACAGCUACCUUAUUGUUGACACAGCCUCCAGCGUCGCAGUUGCUGUAGACCCUGCAGACCCUCAAACAGUUCAGACAGUGCUUGAAGAAGAGGGAGCAAUGUUAGAAGCUAUAUUAUGUACCCACAAGCACUGGGACCACAGCGGGGGCAACAAAGGUCUGAAAAGGCUUCACAGUGCCUGUCAUGUGUACGGAAGCGCAGCUGAUAACAUUCCUGGCCUGACGCACCCACUCUCACACAGAGACACAGUCAAUGUGGGCCGGCUGCACUUUAAGGCCCUGUUCACUCCUGGACACACCGUAGGCCACAUAAUCUACCUCCUGGACGGCGCGGCAGUCGGUUCCCCCUGCAGCCUCUUCUCUGGGGAUCUGGUGUUCCUCUCAGGAUGUGGGAGGAUGUUCGAGGGCAGUGCCAUAACAAUGCUCUCCUCUCUGGACACAGUCGGUUCCUUAAGUGACGAUACUUUACUGUGGCCCGGUCAUGAGUAUGCAGAGGACAAUCUGCUGUUUGCUGCUGAGGUCGAGCCACGCAACGCCGCCAGAGAGAACAAAUAUCAGUGGGUGCUGCAGCAGCGAGGCCAGAAGCUUUGUUCGAGCCCCUCCACCAUCGGGGAGGAGAAGCAGUACAACCCUUUCCUGCGCAGCCACUCUGCAGAGCUCCAUCAGGCUCUGGGCGUCCAGCAGCUCCUGGACGAAGACUGGACCCAGUUCAGGGCGCGGGUCUUAGAGGAGCUACGGAAGCAAAAAGACCUCUUCAACAGGAGGCAGUAAGGCAGAGGACGUAACGGACAAACCAGCAUUUGUGGUUCGAAACUUUAUGAAUGGGCAUUAAGACGUUUUGAGCUGAAUCUGUGACCAACAGGAAGUUCACCUUUAUUAUUUAAUCGUAACAUGGUAGUCCUACUUUCUCUCUCCAGGAUUGUAGUUUAGUGAUAAAUUUGUUCCUGUUUAGAGAAUUGCACGUUCAUCUUAUCGUAUCAUAAUAACACACGUAGUGAAGACCUUCAGGAAUAAUUCUUUGUCAUUUUACAAGUAGGUACAGUCAGGUUUCUGUUAUGGGUGCUUUAAGUAGUUUAGCUUUCUGAAUUGUUAAAUAGUUAAAACUCUUAGGAUUUUUUGCUAAUAAUAAUAAUAAUAAUAAGAUACACAAGUUUCCGUUACAGGCCUUGUUUAGCAGUCCAGCUAAAGAGCAGUUUGUUUCUCUGACUUAAAAUUUUGGGAAUAAGUGUGUGUGUUUUUUUUUAUGUAAACUUCAAAAGUAAUGGUGAAUUUAAUUUACCAAAUCCAAUGAUGGGUUUUUUUUUGUUGGUAUUUUUUCCCUUUUAUAGCAACAGUCUGGAUUUUUCUACAGUUUGAUUUGAGCCAAAUGGAAAACCACUAUUUCCUUGCAAAACGUUUUUAGUGUGUGCUCAUCAACGAAUAUUUUCUUUUUGCUCUUCAGCUGUGUCCACAUUGGAAGCUUGUUUUUUAGUUUUUUAGAAGGGGAUGUGUGAAAUAUUUACAAGUUGUCAGUGUCUUAUCUGCAGUAGACGRGAAUCAGAAACCUCCCAGUGUAGAGAAGCACAAAGAAACUGUGACAAAUGGGAUAAACUAUAAGCUGGACGAGGACACGAGAGGCGACGGAGUUAAAGAGCUGCAGUUUUCAGGUUUUGUAUAUAUUUUUGCCAGGGGUGGCAAUAAAUGCGGAGCAUGUGGUAGCAUGUGCUCAGUUCUUCUGAAACUUUCUGGUGAUUUCACUUUUAAACACUUGAGUCCUCGUGUUGGAUCUUGACUACACAAAUUCCCCACCUUCAUCGUCUGACCUCCCGUUACUCUGAUUGCUGUUAACUGCAGGAAAAACACUAAAAUACUUUWACUUUUCUCACAAAAAACAGAAGUAAUAUUUUAGAUCUUAAAAUGCUUCACUUUACGAAUGUGAACAAAAAUAUGUGAAGGUAUUGUGAUCUAAAUCCUGUCACCCCACUGAACUGUUUUUGAAGGGAACGUUUUGUACGGCAGCAUGUAGAGYUGAGUCUGCAUUUAAUAUGAAGACUUGUGUUAAAACAAACAUGUUUUGCAGCUAAAUGUUCCAGGUGAGUUAAAAACAAAAACUUUAUGGUGAUCAGUGUUUCUCUUUGAAAGAUGAAUCUUCACUGUAUCGACUGAAGGAAUGCUUUACCAGUUUAAAACUGUAGAGACCAAACUUAUUUAUAUUAAAAAAUAAGGGUGAAAUGGUAAARRUUUUGGUACUGAACCUUUGCGGUACAGAUUUAAUGUGUGGUUGUAUGAAGUCAUAUAAAAAAAUAUAUAUUGACCACUUAUACAGAAGAGGAUUGAUAUAAGCUUUUAUCGCUUUCAGGUUGAUUAAGCUACGACCUGAAGCACUCCACACCAAACCAAUGCAGGAAUGACUGAUGAUAAUAAUAAUGCACAAGUUAAAGACUAGGUUUCUUGAUUUUAACCAGCUAAYAUAAACACCUCUGUUGAUGGCUCUUGAACAGCACCACCUACUGUAACACCACUUGAAUAACUGUUGCCAUUGAAUUGUUGAGUUAUGCUGUACUUAAGCAUUAGACGAUAUUCAGUUCUGUACUGAAUGUUGAUUUGUAUGAUUUUGAGGCCAAAUAAGUCAAACCAAACAUUUUUGAAUGUUAUUUUUAUUUUAUUUUAUUUUUCUCAUGUUAAAGUGACUUUGUCUGCUACUUUGGGGACCUAUCACUGCUUGGGCUGAUUUUAUAUUUCUGCCUUUCUUUGUGAGGAUUAUUUUAUGUUUAAAGUGAGUCGAAGCAAAACCACUGCAUUUUCUUUAAAAAGAAAUGUAACUGUUGUCUGUUAUCUGAUCCAAUCUCAACMAKAAACAAAGCUGUGUACGGAUCUUUGGCUUUCAUGACCACUGCACCCUAAAUAUGAAACACCUUAAGGGGAUAAAUUAUGCUGAGACAAGAGCUGACAUCCUAGGUUUACUUAGGAGCAACAUCCCUGUUGGCACAACAGUGUGAAACUAUCAAAUCAAUAUCUGUGAGAAAUGUUCAAUAAAUAUUUUUAUUGCCWCUU